GGCAAUCCCCUGAAAUUUUUUUUUGUGAGCCAUACAACGAGGAGGAAGGACUACAAGAGCACGCAUUGAACAUAAGGACUACAGCACUGCCAACAUGGACAAUGGAGAGGAGGAGGAGGCUGGAGCUUCAGGAGCUGGUACAGGUACCGAGGGUGAAGAGCCAACAUUACAACAUCUCACUAGUAUUCUCCAGGCCUUCAUGGGACAACAGGAAGCCAGAGAAAUGAGACUCCAGGAGGAAGCAAAGCAGCAGGAACACAGGCUAAAAGGCCUGCAGCAUCAGUUCCAACUUUUGCAGAUGGAGGUGCAGGCCCGGACGUCACCUGUUCCUGAUUACACCUCAUCAGCCCCUGAUCCAACAGAGGAGUCUGGUUCAGAUGAUCGGCUGCCAGAGGCCGUACAUCAGACAGCAGGGGCACAGCAAGUAACCACUCACCCUCGCUUCUCUAUGGAUCCCAGGUUAGAAAAGCUAACAGAAAACGAUGACAUUGAACAUUUCCUAAUAACUUUUGAACGCAUAGCAACAGCGUGCAAGUGGGUGGAGUCAGACUGGGUUUUCCGCCUCAUCCCACUGCUCACUGGUAAGGCCAGAAGUGCCUAUGUUAACAUGGAUGUCGAUGAUUCUUUGAACUAUGAAAAAGUUAAAACUGCAAUCUUGCAUAAAUAUGACAUCAGCCCUGAGUCUUACCGACAGAGAUUUCGUUCCUUGGAAGUGGGCCCCGACGAAAGUCCCAAGGAGCUUUAUGCCCGUCUCAAAGAACUCUAUGAUAAGUGGAUUCAACCCAGAGGUCUGGAUAAAAGAACAUGGGCCUAAAUCAGCAGCUGAAGCCGCAACACUGGCAGAGGUGUUUGUGGCUGCUCGCAA